AGCAUGUGUGUGAGAGUUUCAAGUCCAUAUAUAUAUAUAUCUAUAUCAUAGCAAUUUCUAAAGAAGCACUACAGGUCGAGUUCUGGAGCAAAGCCGUAAUGAAGCUGAGAGGCACCUAGAAAUCUGCUUGAGGAAAGCCAUAAAGUAAAGGAACAAACAAGACACAGAGGGAAUAAAGGCAGCAGCACCAGAGAAAGCAUAAGGUACGAGGCAGAGAAGCAGAGGAAGCAAGGACGGGAGGAAGAGGAGUCAAGGAUAUAGGCAGAACAAACAGCUGAGACAAGUAGAGAGAGCAGAAGAAAGCAGGACACAAUGACUGCAGUCCCAGAGAUUGCUUUCUCCGAUUUUCAAAUUAAAAGAAAUAAUACAGCCCACCAUACGAAUGAAACGGGAGACAGUCGUCUCUUUGUUAGAAGAGGACAACCAUUCUUUAUUACCGUUCACUUUAAAGCAAGGGGCUUUCAACCAGGACAGGACAAUGUCAUCUUCCUUGUGGAAACAGGUCCUUGGCCUGAUGAAUCUGCUGGGACAAAGGCCAUAUUCCCUUUAUCAAAGGCUUUAAACAAAACAAUGUGGAGUGCUGCACUGGAGAACAAUGGAUCUAACUCUACAGUCCUCAUUAUACAUUCACCCCAUACCGCUAUUAUUGGACAAUAUCAACUAAAGAUGCAAAUUAGCAGCGGGACCAAAACCACCAACUACAAUCUGGGGACAUUUAUGUUACUCUUCAACCCUUGGUGUGCAGAUGAUGACGUAUUCAUGGCAAAUGAAACCGACAGGCAGGAAUAUAUCAUGAACGACUACGGAUUUGUUUAUCAAGGAAACCAUAACUGGAUAUCCCCCUGCCCUUGGAAUUUUGGACAGUUUGAGGAUGACAUUGUGGAUAUCAGUCUAAAGAUUCUAGACAAGAAUUUAAACUACAUUCAAGAUGCUUUUAAAGAUUUAGCAUGUAGGAAUAACCCUGUAUAUAUCAGCAGAGUAAUCUGUGCUAUGAUCAACAGUAAUGAUGACAAUGGGGUGUUACAAGGUAACUGGUCUGGGGACUAUACAGGUGGAGUCUCCCCGUCUGCCUGGAAUGGGAGUGUACUCAUUUUAAGACAAUGGUUUAAAAGUGACUGUCAGCCGGUGAAAUAUGGACAGUGCUGGGUGUUUGCUGCUAUCAUGUGCACAGUGAUGAGAAGUUUAGGAAUCCCAACCCGAGUUGUAACAAAUUUUGACUCGGCUCAUGACACAGACCAGAAUCUGCUGAUUGAUGAAUACUAUGAUUUAACUGGAAAUAAACUGAAUAAAGAAAAAAAAGACAGCAUUUGGAACUUCCAUGUGUGGUGUGAAUGUUGGAUGGCACGGAGAGACUUACCUCCAGGAUAUGGAGGGUGGCAGGUCCUUGACCCAACUCCACAGGAGGCAAGCAAUGGGAUCUUUGUCUGUGGUCCUGCUUCAGUUAAAGCUAUCCGAGAGGGAGAGGUACACCUCAACUAUGAUGCUCCGUUUGUGUUUGCAAUGGUGAAUGCAGACUGUGUGUCCUCGGUAGUCACCAGAAAAGGAAAUGAAAAGAGCAACUGUGACCCACAUUUAGUUGGCAACAAGAUCAGCACAAAACGUGCCGGCAGUGAUGAGCGUGAAGAUGUGACCCAUCAAUAUAAGUAUGAAGAAGGAACAGCUGAAGAAAGAAAGGUGUUUGAGAAGGCCCUGAGCCGACUACACAAAGGAGGUCCAAUGAUUCCAAACAGUAACCGCAAUGAGAAUGAGAAUAUAAACAGAGCUAAUGAAACAUCAGCCAAUGGUAUCACUCCUUCCCCUGGUGGAUCCUCUGGAUACACACCUCGAAAUCAAGAUCCAAACCUUAAUCGCCCCCUGAGAGAGGCUUUAUUGUUGCUGAAGUUUAAAUUAACUGAAUCUCCCCAGCUUGGAGAUACCAUCAGUUUGGUGUUGCUGGCUGGAAAUCUGAUCUCCACUGCCAAAACUUUAAAGCUGAGCUUGAGUGCCCAAGCUUUGAAACAUGACGGAAAACCAGCUCAACAGUUCUGGAAAGACUCAGUGUAUGUAGAACUGCGUCCACAUGAAGAGAAAAUUCUUUUAUUCAAAAUCCCUUAUGCAAAGUAUGGACCCUUCUUAGAAGACAAUAAUUUGAUACGAUUUAUUGCAAUUGGAGAACAGAGCAUUACCUGGGAGAAGGUUUUAGUGGAAAAAGAUGUUAAUUUGGCUUUACCUACAGUAGCUAUUAAUUUCCUUGGACCUGCUGCUGUGGACAGACCAUGUAAAGUAGAGAUCUCCUUUUCCAACCCCAUUAAUGAGGAGAUACGUGACUGUCAGGUCCUAGUUCAGGGCAGUGGUUUGCUGAAAAAACAAGUGAAAUUAAACAUGGGCACCAUGAAGCCAGGACAGAAGGCAGUUGUGUCGUUUGAAGUUGUUCCGUGCAAAGUGGGUUACAAACAGCUACAGGUGAACAUCAGCAGCAACCGCUUCAAUGGACUCAAAGGUUUUAAGAGUGUGGUUGUUAAACCUUAAGCCUGGACUUUUUGAAGAAGCCAUCAUGGAGGUCUAACUGGAGAAACCGAAGUGUAAGCAAUUUAACACACCAAAGGAAACAAUGUCUUGGAGAAGGGAUUAAUGGAUCUUGCCUACAUGUGAAAAUCUAUACCGGGUAGAAAAUUACUCUGUAACAAGCUGGGAAACCAAUUUGGUCAGAGAUGGGCAAAUUCUAAGGCCAUAUUGGACUAUUUAAUUUGGGAUUUCUCCUUCUUAGCCCCUCUAUGUCUUUUAUGGCUUGUUUGUUUUUUAUUGUACAGAUAUGGCCCAAUAUAACCAGAAUUCUCAUGAUCCAAUGUCUACCAGAUAAGAGGUUUUCUAGGAUUCUGAAGUCUAUUUAACACAGCUCUGCCACAUCAGGCAGACCAGCAACCAUCCUCUGCUUCCAUCUCACUUUAGUUUAAGGUCAGAAGGGGAAAAGCAACCAUCUCCCAAUUUUCCUGGAUUAGGAAAUGAGUGGAAGGUUCCCCAACCUGUAAUAUUAAUUUUAGGUGGCCAAAUUAAGUGUUACUAAAAAAGUUGAUUGAAUUACCAGUAAAAGUUGAUCAAACUGAUUUUUUCUUGACAUUUCCUCUAAUUUACUCAUUUCCAAAUAAACAAAGUAUUUGCAA